GAUCUCGCCCCGCCCCUGGGCUUGUUACCACGGGGGCGGGGAGUGAGGGCUUCUUUUGGGGGGAGUGGAGAUCAGGGGACUCGGCUGUGCCCUCCUAAGCGACGGCCGGUGUGCCCGCGGCGCCGGGCUGCGGAGCAGAGGGGCCGCGGCGGCCGCGGCUGUUGCAUGUGUGGCUGCUGGAUGCGGAGGCGGCGGCGACGGCGGCGGCGAGGGGCAGCAGCGGCGGCAGGAUGUUAGGGCAGCAGCAGCAGCAGCAGCAGCAACUCUACUCGUCCGCGGCGAUUCUGACCGGGGAGCGGAGCCGGCUCCUCACCUGCUACGUGCAGGACUACCUCGAGUGUGUGGAGUCGCUGCCCCACGACAUGCAGAGGAACGUGUCUGUGCUGCGGGAGCUGGACAACAAAUAUCAAGAAACAUUAAAGGAAAUCGAUGAUGUCUAUGAAAAAUAUAAAAAAGAAGAUGAUUUAAACCAGAAGAAACGCCUACAGCAGCAUCUCCAGAGAGCAUUAAUCAACAGUCAGGAAUUGGGAGAUGAGAAAAUUCAGAUUGUCACCCAAAUGCUCGAAUUGGUGGAAAAUCGGGCCAGGCAAAUGGAGCUACACUCGCAGUGUUUUCAAGAUCCUGCUGAAAGUGAACGAGCCUCAGACAAAGCCAAAAUGGAUUCCAGCCAACCGGAAAGAUCGUCCAGGAGACCCCGGAGACAGCGGCCCAGUGAGAGCCGCGAUUUGUGCCACAUGACCAAUGGCAUUGAAGACUGUGACGAUCAGCCGCCUAAGGAGAAGAAAUCCAAGUCAGCCAAGAAAAAGAAGCGCUCCAAGGCCAAGCAGGAGAGGGAAGCUUCUCCCGUCGAGUUUGCAAUAGAUCCCAAUGAACCCACGUACUGUUUAUGCAACCAAGUGUCUUACGGGGAGAUGAUCGGAUGUGACAAUGAACAGUGUCCAAUCGAGUGGUUCCACUUCUCGUGUGUUUCACUGACCUAUAAACCAAAGGGGAAGUGGUACUGCCCAAAGUGCAGGGGGGAUAAUGAGAAAACGAUGGACAAAAGUACUGAAAAGACGAAAAAGGAGAGAAGGUCGAGGUAGUAGAGGCCAUCCACGUUUUAAAGGGUUGUCUUUUAUAUAAUACUUUCAGGAUUUCCUUUCAGAAAAUGUUUUAGGGUAAAUGCAUAAGACUAUGCAAUAAUUUUUAAUCAUUAGUAUUAACGGUGUAUUAAAAGUUGUUGUACUUUGUCUGUGACCUUAAUUUUCUGCACUGAGUUACCAAAUACUUCAAACCAGGUAGUCUGUAGAUCACCUGACGGAAGGGGCAAGAAGUAGGGAGAGGGCGGCGUGAGCAUUAGAGACACUUCGCAAGCCAUGCCUAGUUCAUUUCACCUAAUAUGCAACGCUGUUUUGGGGGGUUAAUACCAAAGUUUUGUUAGCAUUUUGGUUCUACACACUUUAAACAAUUCAGAUAAUAGGUGGAGUACUCUGCAAGCGUUAGAAUUGCCAUGGGCAUUUAAAGUGCACACACCGCACACCUGUUAGAGCCGCUUUCCCCAGCCCCACGCACGCACGCACUCGUUCACCCGGAGUCUUCCGGCAUCCAGGGGACCGGAGAUAGCGAUCUGGGGUUCCACAUGGAACGAUGUGCUCUUCAGGAGAGGGGUUGCUGCUGUCUUUUCACUAGCGGCAUUCUGAUGCACCGUCAGCAGCCCAGUUGCAGAUGCCUUGCAGGUGUACCCUAUCUAAUGCGUAACGAGGGGGUUGCGUGUUGUUUUCAUUGGAACGGGUAAGGGUAGUUACAGUACCAAAAACGCUGCCAUCGGCUUAUAUCAGCAAAAUUUGGGUUACGUAGGAUCAUGGGUCAAGGUUGAGCAAUUUGAGAAAAUGCGUCUUAUUUAAUAUUUUCUACACUGACCCACUGCUGGGAGGCCUAGACACAGGCCUGUCACUGGGAAAAGGGCAUAUACUAAUCUUUAAAUGUUGCCUUUAUGUCAAACAGUAGCUUACAUAAUUUUGCUAUUGGCUAUAGUUCAUUUUCUGUCCCAAUCAGUGAUUAUAUAUUAAGUAACAGUGUAUUUACUUUCUUAACUUUCUGGUAUUGGUGCUGUUUGAUGUCUUUACGUUUAAUGAACUAAUUUCAUUAUAACAAUGCAAUUAAUAAUGUAUUUGUAAAUUGAAUUUUCCAAAAUCCUAAUAUUUUAAGGGUAAGCAUCUUGCUGGGUACUAUGUCCAUACACGCAGAGAAUUUGGGGGUUUUUGGCGGGGAGGGGGCAGCGGACUGGUCAGUCCUUUAGAUCUGUGUGUAACAUACUUUUUACUCCUCAUUUCUUCCUAAUCUGGUGAUCUUGAUUCUUUUUGAUUAACAUGUGAAAAAUUCUGUCUGCUUAUUUGGAAAAAAAAAUUGUUUUUUUUCUCUU